CACGCCUCCAUUAGCACUUUAUUUAUUUUUCUUCUGUAACCCUCUCUUUGAUUUGCUUUAAUUCAUGAGAUUUGGGGACCGUAUUCAGGGUUUUUUUUGGGUGGGUUUCUCUGAUUUUUUUUUCCUUUUUCAGACCUUUCAUUAUCUCUAUGUGGUCACUUAAGGUCUCUGCAGUUUCAAUUCAAAAAUUUAGUUUAAAAAAAAAAAAAAUCUGGGUGUGUGUUCAUUAGCUAGCUCCUCUUUGUUCACUCAUUGGCUCUCUAUGAUUUGACAUUUAAGAUUAUUGCUGCAUUUAAUUGUGCUAAAUCGAUUCUGCACUCAUGCUUCAGCUACUGUUCUUUGUGUCCCUGUAAAUUUAAGUUUUUGAGAUCUGAAACUAUAAGAAAUUUUCCGAUUUUGGUUCUCAUUAGUUGUUAGAUCUCUUAUCUCACUCGAAGCUUCUUUUUUUACGCGGUUUGAUUUAUUAAUUUCGUUACUUCUCUGUAAAUUCUCGAUCUUUAGGGUUCUUCUCAUCCCCUGGUUUAAUAAUGGGUCCAAUCUCAGUUCUUGUUCACUCUAAUUUUACUUUCACAAUAUCUCCAAUUACGCAGAUGCUUUUUGACAAAUUUUCUCCAUUAAAAGUGUCUUCUUUUUUAGCUGUAUUAAAUUUAUAGGUCUCUCUAUCUGUACUGGUAUAGGGUUCAUGAUUGAGUCUACAAAAACAUAAUGAAUGACCUAAAAGCUAUUAACUUUCGUUUCUAGAUCUGCUUGCUUCUCUUUAAUAUCUUCACCUCAUUGCUCUAAUAGACAUUAAUCUCCAUUUGAAGUUAGUAUUCUUUUACCAGUUUUACUGAUUUUUCUUUUUCAUUCAGGUAACUGUGAUUGUUGCAGGAUCUUGUGUAGAAACAGAUCACAAGAAGAUGAAUGAUAACUCGGUGGUGCGGCUUUGAUUAUCUUCAGAGAUUUUAGAUUCUGUAUCCACUCUGUUGCGAUGGGGUCGUUUGCAGGCGCUUGUGAGAUUGUGGAAGAGAAGGAUGAUGAAGUAAGAUUGCCAAAACAUUCCGGGAGAUAUGGUAAAUCGGUUAUGGGAUCAUCAAGUAAGGAUUUGGUGGAGCGUAAGCAACGAGAGUAUCAUGGUUCUCUUGAGUAUGACAUUGAUAUGCUUUUUCAGUCUAUUUCUGUUAAACCAUCUACUACGAGGUUGAUGAGUUCUUCUUUCCAUCAUCAUGAGACGAGCGCGAGUGCCGGUCCAAGCAGGACCACAAGCCCUUCGAAGAGAAUUGCGUCCAUGAAAAAACCAGGGACACCUCAGUCUCCUAGAUUUGUUGGUCUCUCUGAUUCAGUUUCUUUGAAGCAGGCUCUUAGGGAUCGUUGCAUUUCUAAGGCGUCGGAAAUGGCUGCUCAGAAACGGUUGUCGAAAUCUGCUGCUGCAUCUCCGAGGGUCUCAGAAGCUGACAGGAUAAAGAGUUUGUAUAACCAAGUUUCGAAUGAAUCUACUAGCAGCAGGUCUGGGCUUGUUCCUGUGGACAAGGGUAAAGGAAGUUUGGUUGAGAUACCUUUGAUGCCUGUAAACGAUAAACCAAGCUCUUCAAAGAGCGUACCUCAACGGUUUGAAGAUCCUUCUAACCCCAUUUCUGAGCCAUCUCAAGCUGGAACCAGUUUUGGAUUACAAGGAGUGGGGAAUCAAACGCGGGAGAUUAAGCUGUUGCAUAGAUCCAACAAACCUGGGUCUUGUCUUAGUUCUGGCAGUGGAGAUUAUGAGAUAGAGUUAGAUGAAAAUGUUGCGUCUCCUUCCACUCAUGCAUUUGUUGAAGAUGAUGUGAUAGAAAUAGACAAACACGUUACUUCACUGCCAUCUCACUCUAGCAAGAAAGUCAAUGCGACGGAGCUUGACAAGAAUAUUUCCUCAUCUGCUGUAGACUCAGAGCAGAAAGGGAAGUUGGAUGAUGCACCUAAUUCAGGGACAGAGAAUGGCAAAACAGUACGGAAGGUAACAAGAAUGAUUCCACGUCCCAAACAACCGAAAAAGAAAAUUUUGCUUAAGAAGAAGUUAAAAAUCGGGGUUGUGUCAGCAACUUACCCAACAAAAGACGAUGAAGAAAUUGUUCCUUCCUUGGACUCUAGUGCCAAUCAACUUCUCUGCCAGAGAUGUCACUGUUCGUUGAAGAGCACCAGCAUCGAUGACAACCCACCUUCAUAUACUUCUAGUCAUAAUCCUAAGAUUUGCACAGAUAGUUUGAGCUCUGUUUCAAAUAAAGAAGCUCAUCAAGGAUCUGACGAGAACUCCUCUGGCUCGUGUAAUGUCAGUCAAAGCUCUGAAGCUGACAUUGUCAUAAUGAAACAAGAUGUUUCCUCUAGCAAUAAUAGUGGAAUCGGUGCAAUGGUAGAAAAAGAAACCGAGAAUCCGACUUCCAGUGAGAAAUUCGAGUUCUCUCUGAGUUCAAAAGAUAGUCUUGGGGAUUAUAGCAGGAGCACAAGCAUUAGUGAGGAGAGUAAUCUGAGCCGAUUUAGCUGUGGGAAUAAGCCUCACAUGUCGAUGGAUGUGAGAUGGGAAGCGAUUAAGCAUAUCAAGGUUCAAUACGGCUCUUUGGGUUUACGACACUUCAACCUUCUGAAGAAACUUGGUUGUGGAGAUAUAGGAACAGUCUAUCUCGCCGAGCUGAUUGGUACAAACUGUUUGUUUGCCAUAAAGGUUAUGGACAACGAGUUCUUGGCGAGAAGGAAAAAGUCUCCCCGGGCACAAGCAGAAAGAGAAAUACUUAAAAUGUUGGACCAUCCUUUUCUUCCUACAUUAUACGCGCAAUUUACUUCGGAUAAUUUAUCUUGUCUAGUCAUGGAAUAUUGUCCUGGAGGAGAUCUUCAUGUCCUCAGACAGAAGCAGCUAGGCCGGUGUUUCCCUGAACCUGCAGCAAGAUUCUAUGUGGCCGAAAUUCUCCUUGCACUGGAGUACUUACACAUGCUUGGUAUCAUAUACCGAGAUCUGAAACCGGAAAACAUUCUUGUCCGUGAAGAUGGACACAUUAUGCUUACGGAUUUUGACCUCUCACUCCGUUGUGCAGUGAACCCGACUCUUGUCAGGUCAAACUCUCCACCUGGUAAAGAUCCCGCAAGGAUUUCAGGUCCAUACAACACAUCCAACUGCAUACAACCAUUCUGUAUCACCGAACCAUCUUGCCAGGUUUCGUGUUUCAGCCCUAGGCUCUCCUCAAACCAACAACAAGGUAGAAAACCAAAAAGGGGUGAUCAUCUUUCGAAAACCCAACAACACUUGAGUAGAUCAUUGCCUCAGCUCGUGGCUGAACCAACCGAAGCAAGAUCCAAUUCCUUUGUGGGAACACACGAGUACCUAGCCCCAGAGAUCAUCAAAGGAGAAGGACAUGGCGCUGCAGUUGACUGGUGGACUUUCGGGGUUCUCCUUUACGAGCUUUUAUACGGGAAAACACCAUUCAAAGGUUACAACAACGACGAGACUUUGGCCAAUGUUGUGUUACAGAACCUCAAGUUUCCUGAUAGCCCGCUUGUAAGCUUCCAGGCAAAAGACUUGAUCAGGGGACUUCUUGUUAAGGAACCAGAGAACAGGCUCGGGUCAGAGAAAGGUUCUGUAGAGAUCAAAAGACAUCCUUUUUUUGAAGGAUUGAAUUGGGCUCUGAUCCGGUGUGCAAUCCCGCCUGAGCUACCGGAUUUCUAUGAGUAUGGUGGUGGACCAGAGGCAGCGGCGGAUUCGCCUGGAGGCAGUAAUAAUAGGUAUCUUGAAUGUAAAGCCAUAGGCGAUCAUCUUGAGUUCGAGUUGUUUUAAGCAAGACAUAGAUAUUCUCUGGUAUAAGCAUUCAGAGUAAUCGUUGUUGUAAGUUAUUAUAUCUAAGUUAAAUCUAAAUGUCUUAUAUGUAAAUUUAGCGUUCUCUGAGACAUAAUCUGAUAUAGUAUUCUCAAAAAUAUAUAUGCUCCUUCGU